AGCACCACGGACAGCGGCGGCAGGAUGAACGGGCUCGGCCUCGGUACUCAGAACACCAUCCCCAUGAAGGACCACGACGCCAUCAAGCUCUUCAUCGGCCAGAUCCCCCGCAACCUGGAGGAGAAAGACCUCAAACCGCUCUUUGAGGAAUUCGGCAAGAUUUACGAACUCACGGUACUGAAAGACAGGUUUACCGGGAUGCAUAAAGGAUGUGCCUUUCUUACAUACUGUGCCAGAGAGUCAGCACUGAAAGCCCAGAGCGCCCUCCAUGAACAGAAGACUCUGCCAGGGAUGAAUCGGCCCAUCCAAGUGAAGCCAGCAGACAGCGAAGGACGGGGAGAAGACAGGAAGCUGUUUGUGGGGAUGCUCGGCAAGCAGCAGAGCGAGGAUGAUGUCCGGCGGCUCUUCGAGACCUUCGGCCAGAUCGAGGAGUGCACCGUCCUGCGGGGUCCUGAUGGGGCCAGUAAGGGCUGUGCCUUUGUCAAAUUCUCCAGCCACGCAGAAGCACAGGCUGCCAUCAACAGCUUGCACGGUGGACAGACCAUGCCUGGAGCCUCGUCCAGCUUGGUGGUCAAAUUUGCAGACACCGACAAGGAGCGGACCCUGCGUCGAAUGCACCAGAUGGCGGGUCAGCUCGGCAUCUUCAGUCCCAUGACCAUCCAGUUUGGGGCCUAUGGUGCCUACUCUCACGCUAUGAUGCAACAGCAAGCAGCCCUGAUGGCAGCAACACAAGGGUCCUACCUGAACCCCAUGGCAGCCAUCGCUGCCGCGCAAAUGCAGCAAAUGGCAGCAUUCAAUGUCAACGGCCUGGUAGCGACACCGAUGACACCAUCCUCAGGCACCAGCACACCCCCAGGCAUCACUGCAACCGCCGUCCCCAGCAUAGCCACCCCCAUUGGUGUCAACGGAUUUAGUGCCUUUGCGCCGCAAACCAAUGGGCAACCGACAUCUGAGCCCAUUUACACCAACGGCAUUCACCCCUACCCAGCACAGAGUCCGACGGUGACCGACCCUCUUCAGCAAGCUUACGCUGGCGUCCAACAUUACGCAGCAGCCUACCCCGCCGCCUAUGCACCAAUCAGCCAAGCAUUCCCACAACAACCGACCAUCAUUCCCCAGCAACAGCGGGAAGGGCCAGAGGGAUGCAACCUAUUUAUUUAUCACCUGCCCCAGGAAUUCGGUGAUGCAGAGCUCAUGCAAAUGUUUCUCCCUUUUGGCAACGUCAUCUCAGCAAAAGUAUUUGUGGACAGAGCAACCAAUCAGAGCAAAUGUUUCGGCUUUGUGAGUUUUGAUAACCCGUCUAGCGCCCAAGCUGCCAUCCAGGCCAUGAACGGCUUUCAAAUAGGCAUGAAGAGGCUGAAGGUGCAGUUAAAGCGGCCAAAAGAUGCCAACCGACCUUACUGA